AUGCAUAGUGGUUUACCGAGUCAAGGUUCUAUUCUACGAAUUCCUUCGAAUUUGAAAACUACAUCGGCUAAUACACCUGAAGUACUUGUACGCUUCUUCAACGUCACUUCCAGGGACGUAGAUCUCAUUUGGAUUAAUCAAAAGGGUUUUGGUAUUCGAUACGCCAAGCUCGCAAAGAGUCGUCAUAUAGAUAUCCGCACAUUCGAAGGGCAUUAUUGGAUUCUCCGUGAAUCUGGAACAGGAACUCCCCUUUUAGCACAAAUUUAUUUUUCACCUACAACUUGGGAAAAAUUCGAAGUUUAUACCCCAGCUCGUCGAGAUCCAGCCAAUCCUCGAGUGGUUUGUAGAACAUCAGUUUUUGUACGUUCCCCAGAAAGGACUCUUGCUGAUUUGUGUAUCAGAACAGUCUUGAAGCACAACUCAAACGUUGACGCCGUUGCGCAAUUACCUCUUCCUGGAAAUCUAAUUACUAUUUUGCUCGAGGCAGCUUAUCACACGCACUUCUAUCAACGGUAUUUUAAUAUAUUUCCUGACAUCGUAGCUAGAACCGCAGCAUUACCCAGAGAAGAUCCUGAGGUACUGAUGAUAACAGAUGCAGAAGUAAUAGAUUAUUCAAGAAUGACGCCCCCAGAGAAGAAAACUAAAAAACUUACCAAUAACGUAGAAGCCAAGAAAAUCAAAGAGCUAGUAGAAGAAGCUUUACAAAAAGAUGACACCAAAGCUCGAUGGGAAGCAAUCAAGCUCCUUCGACAACAAGGACAUCUCCAUGAAAUAGCCAAAGUAUAUGUACAACUAAUUUCUGAUAAUGAUCUAAUUGAACUGUCAGAUGAAGAUAUGCUCCAAUUAGAUGACUAUUUCUCGUUAAUGACGAGUAACACUGCUUCCAGUUAUUACAAACUUCUAACCGAUGCUGUUGACAAGCACAACGACAAUGUCAAAAAAUUAGGCAACAUCGUUCGUUUACUUAGCUAUAUGAUCUUGAAAGUUGACUUGGUAAGCAAUGUCGCUUUCACAGAGCUUCUUUCGAACGAUCUGAUUACCCUCAUACACGACAGAAUUCCAUACUUCACUGGCAAAGAGGGGAAGGAAACGCUUUUCAAGUAUGUGAAGAAAGACUCUGCGGAAGUUAACAUCAUGAGGUUUAUGCUGAAGAUGAAGUCACCUGUAGUGUCUCGUAAUCCUCGUAUAAAGUUCAAUGUUGAUAACCCAGUUACUUCAACAUAUGCCAAUAGCAACAGUAUAAAAAUAUCGAUGAAGAUGGGUGCUGUGUACAGGAACGUUGUUGAGAGUACCCAGAAUGAACAGCUGGACCUUGAGCUUGAGUUAUACUUAAUGACCGCUCUAACACAUAUGAAAAGAAACGAUCGUGUUGAGAUGCUUAAGGAGUACUAUGCUGAGGAAGAUUACAGAAAAGUUACCAAAUUCGUUCGAGAUAUCUUGAUGGGCGAUGUCCCCGUUCCAGCUAAGGAAGUAGCAGUUGUUAUACGUAGAGCUUAUGCCAUAUUCUCCACUGUUUGUCCCUCAUUUGAGCUUCCUGAUUACAAUAUGAAUGAUCUCGUUAACUGGAAAUCCAUAGCACUUCUGUACAGAUGUGAUCCCAACUUAUUAUCAGCUUUCGUCCAUCGAACCAAAACCAAUCUCCUCUUCGAUUUACUCGAGACUUACGAUAAGAUCGAAGAUAGCAAUAUAGUUGCUCCUUUAGUCGGAGCACUGUUGAAUAAGGCUAUGAUUGAAGCAGAUCACGAAAAAUUCACAGUUUAUUGUCAUCGUGUUGCCGAACUAGGAAUCAAGAAUAAGGAUAUGUUACAGUUUUUAACCAAAGUUGUUGAGGUCUCUGCUGGAACCAAAGCCGAAUAUUCUUUGCUAGCCCUGGUCUUGUGUGUAGCGUCUACUAUGAAAUUGUCUGAGAGCAAUAUAGUGGGACACAAACACAUGACAAACUUUCUUGUAGCCUGCAUUAAGCUGUGCCCGAAAACUUUAUUGAAAAAUCAAUGUGCUCUCUUUGGAUCUCUGAUUACCAAACACUUCAAGAAUGCCUACAUGGCUAUCAAUAAUCAGGAAACAUCGGAGAAAGAUGCUGAUAUACUCCGAUACGGCUGCUCAAAGCUGGCCGAGUUCUUAGCAUGUAAUGAGAAACCUGUUAAAAGGAUAGUUUCUUUCAUCAUAUCAGAAGUUCUUAUGACUGCUAAAAGCAUGGAACUAGCGUUCGCCAAGCUUCACGGCAUUUGCGACACUCACAGCAAAGCGCUUCUUGCCGUAGCUCUGCCGCCAGCUGAGAAAAAACAAUACGCUCGCCUUUCCAAAACGUUGAAGAGAGUUUAUAAGCCUACAGUCUAA